UGUAAUAAAAGAGUUGUAAUUUUUUUUAAUAUCGAAUUCUAACUCUGAUUACUGUCGAUGUGAAAAUGGUCGGAUAUCUAAUGCUCAUGAAGUUAUUACAUUGCAAACGCAACCGGCGACGCCGAAAUAAUCAAGAAUAUUCAGAAGUGAAACAAGAAUUUAAAGAUAAUUUACAAUUAAAGAGAGAAAACCUCAACGAAACCCAAACAUGCAGGAUAUGUUUGAAGGAUGGCGAUAUAUCUAUUUUCGGGAAUAGUGAUACUACAGAUAUUUCAGAAGAUGUUCGUACAUUUGCUGACAUAGAAAUUAGCCAGGAUGAUCCAUAUCCUAAGUUCCUUUGCCAGUCAUGCCAUUCUCUUUUGCAAGGAGCACUACUCUUCCGAAAAACAGCUCAAAUAUCAGACGAAACUUUACGCCGGCCGCCUUCAAUUCACUCUAAUAACGACGAAAAUAUGGCUAUGGAUAAUUAUUAUGAGUCUGAAAUAAAAGAUAUUAAAGAAUCAAGUGAUUAUCACUGCAAAAGAUGUGAUAUAUCAUUUAAUACAUUUCAAGAGUAUAGUGAGCACAGAUUGUCCCAGGAACACGAAAAUAUGCGUCAAGUGUGCCCCAUAUGCAACAAUAGUUAUACAGCAAUAUACUUCAAGAAGCAUUUAGCACUUCAUAAAUUGGACACUCCGUACAUGUGUGACAUAUGCGGAAAGCAAUUUGUUAUUCAGGGGCAGUUUACGAGGCACAGAGUGACGCAUUUCUAUAAUCUUCCCUUUAAAUGUUCAUUGUGUCCAUACAGAGGCAGGUUCAGUGAGUCGUUAAAGAUGCAUAUGAGAACUCACACUGGUGAAAAGCCUUACCAAUGCUCACAAUGUCCUUCUAGAUUUGUGAACAAAAGUAAUUUAAAUAAGCACAUGUUAAUUCACAAAGGAGACCGUAAUUUCAAAUGUGAAUCAUGUGGUAGGGGAUUCUAUACGAAACACGACUUGGAUUUACAUUUCAAAGUGGAUCACACAGGGAUUAAGGACCAUAUUUGUAAUAUAUGUGGUAAAGCAUUUGGAUAUCGUAAACAAAUGAUGAAACAUCAGCUUAAAGUACACAAGAGACAAAAAUUGAGGAGUGGGAGAAUGCCUUUAUAUUUGCAAGUGGAUUCUAAACUUCAGCAAAAAUGUUAGAUGUUAAUAUUGUAAUUCAAUGGGGAUAUGAUAUUAAAAUGAUGGAACAUUCAUUCAUCAUGAACAUUCUUAGAAGUAGAAUACAACAAAUGACUGAAUAUACUAAAUGCUUUGAUUAUAGAAUAUAUUAAUAAUGUUGUGUUUGAUUUUAUUUACUUUGGUUUGCCAUAAUGAAUGUGUGGAAUUAUACAACAUAUUUUUUG